AGCAUGAGCGCGGCUGAGGAUGCUGAGUGGCUGCGGUGGGUGAGGAAGCAGUUCGGGAGCAUCGCGGGGCAGGACAAGGAGAUCGACCUGGAGGGGUUCAAAACCGCGCUGCAGGUGAAGGAGUCCUUCUUUGCCGAGCGGUUCUUUGCGCUGUUCGAUGCGGACGGGAGCGGGACCAUCAGCUUGGAGGAGCUGCUGAAAGCCUUGAGCCUGCUCGUGCAUGGGAAUGAUAUGGACAAGCUGAGAUUCCUCUUCCAGGUUUACGAUGUGGAUGGUGAGAUGGUGAAGGCAUUUCAGGGUUCUGCCCCAUUCCCGGGUCCCUGCUCACCCCAUGCAGGCAGCGGCUCCAUCGACCCCGAUGAGCUGCGCCUGGUGCUGCGGUGGUGCCUGCGGGAGAGCGCCAUAGCCCUGCCUGAGGAGCGGCUCACGGACCUCACCUUGGCUCUCUUCGAGGCCGCUGACAAGGACCACAGCGGCUCCAUCACCUUCGAGGAGCUCAAGGAGGAGCUGGAGCGGUUCCCGGAGGUCAUGGAGAACCUGACCAUCAGUGCCGCGGCCUGGCUGAAGCCGCCUCCUCCUGCCGAGCACCUCCCGCGGCCGCGCUGCCUGCGCCGCGCGUUCUGGCGCAACCACGGCGGGGCCCUGCGCUGCGCCUGCGGCUACGCGGGCCUCAACCUGGCGCUGCUGGCGCUGGCGGCGCCGCGGCACGCAGGGAGCCUGGCGCUGGCCCGAGGCUGCGGGCAGUGCCUCAACUUCAACUGCGCCCUGCUCGCUGUGCUGAUGCUGCGGAGGUGCCUGACCUGGCUGCGAGCCACCCCCGUGGCCAAGGUGCUGCCGCUGGACCAGCACGUCCUGUUCCACCAGCUCGUGGGGUACGUGGUGCUGGCGCUGGCAGCCGCUCACACGGGCGCCCACGUCGCCAACUUCAGCAGGCUGGCGCAGCAGGACGGGCACCCUGCCCUCACCGAGUACCUGCUGCGGGCACGGCCGGGCGCGGGGGGCCUGUGGGGCACGGCCCCACAGACGGGGCUGGUGCUGCAGGCGCUGCUGCUCGCCAUGGCCGCCUUCUCCAGCCCCUGCGUGCGGCGGAGCGGGCACUUCGAGGUCUUCUACUGGACCCACCUCUCCUACAUCUCCAUCUGGAUCCUCCUCAUGCUGCAUGGGCCCCACUUCUGGAAGUGGUUCAUGGUUCCCGGCUGCCUCUUUGUGCUGGAGAAGGUGCUUGGCUUGGCCUGGCGGCGGGCAGGGGGGCUGCGCAUCGUGGAGGUCAACCUGCUCCCAUCCAAGGUCACUCACCUCGUCAUCCAGAGGCCGCAGUUUUUCCACUACAAGCCCGGUGACUACAUCUACCUGAACAUCCCGGCCAUCGCCUCCUAUGAGUGGCACCCCUUCACCAUCAGCAGCGCGCCCGAGCAGCAAGACACCCUCUGGCUGCACAUCAGGUCGCUGGGCCAAUGGACCACCAAGCUCUAUGAACACUUCCAGCAGCCCCCAUCGCUCAGCCCGGAGCCCAAACCCCUCAGCAGGAGCCUGCGGGCGAGGAGACCCCGGUGCUGGGCACAGGUUGGUGCAGACUCCCAUACAAGACCCCAAAGUCAGCCUGGGUUCCAUAAGCCUGCUCCUACUCACAGCCUAAGAGUUGCUCUAGCACCCACGGGCUGCCUGAGUGCUCCCCAAGUUCCUCAUCUCUCCCAGUGCUACAUUGAUGGCCCCUAUGGGACCCCGACCCGGAGGAUCUUCACCUCGGAGCAUGCUGUGCUCAUCGGCGCUGGCAUCGGCAUCACCCCCUUCGCCUCCAUUCUGCAGAGCAUCAUGUACAGGUACCGCCGGCGAAAGCAGAGCUGCCCCAGCUGCCACUAUUCAUGGUGUGAGGACCUGCGGGAUGAGGAGAUGACACUCAGGAAGGUUGACUUCAUCUGGAUCAACCGGGACCAGAAGCACUUUGAGUGGUUCGUCAGCCUGCUGACCAAGCUGGAACUGGAGCAGGCUGAGCAGGAGCCGGGAGGGCGCUUCCUGGAGAUGCACAUGUACAUGACCUCGGCCCUGGGCAAGCACGACAUGAAGGGCAUCGCGCUGCAGAUGGCGCUGGACCUGCUGGCGGCCAAGGAGCACCGCGACUCCAUCACCGGGCUGCGCACCAGGACCCAGCCCGGCCGCCCCGACUGGAGCAAGGUGUUUGGGAAGGUGGCAGAGGAGAAGAGAGGGAAGGUCCAGGUCUUCUUCUGCGGCUCCCCAGCGCUUGCCAAGGUCAUCCGGGUGCACUGCGAGCGCUUCGGCUUCCUCUUCUUCAAUGAGCAUUUCUAGCAGCAGCCCUGGUCCCCUGCCGGCGCCACCAGGCCUGAUGCGGGGUGAUGGGCUCCAUGGAUGGAUCCGUAUUCACUGCCUGGGGUGGCUCCCGGUGAUGCUGGGUCAGAACUGG